UCGAUCCAACACCUGUUACUUCAUAACCCCUCCUCCUGCCAGCUCGCGCAUAUGUUGCCAGGGCAACUGUCAACAAACAUUUCCAAAUUUUCAACAGAUGCUUGCUAAAUUGUGGCCACGUUUUAUCCCCGAUGUGAUUAAAUUUAUAACAAAAAAAUAGCUCGUAUCAUCAGUCUUUGAAACUUGUUUUGAAACAAAACAAAACAAAAAACUAGAAAAGUUAUCUAACUUUUUCAGGCUUAUUCAUUCUCAGUUGCGCUGGACAUCAGUAUCCCAGGAUCAUGAGAGUGGGGUCCAGCUCCGCGACUUCAAGGAGCUCUUUCACCCGUCGGUACCGCACCCGGGCCCCCACCUCUGAGGUGGACGAGAGCCUGUUUGGGAGCGCCACACCGUCAGACAGACGUGGAAACUCAGCCUCCAUGGCCAGGGAUCCGCCCCUAAACAACCAACAAGGAGAGACUCUUCAAAUCAUCACCAAGGACCUCAUUCGCAAUCUCAAAGUCCCAUAUAAGGAUCCUUCUGGAGAGUCCAUCAUUCUACCAUCAGCUGCAUUUGAGCAGAUCACCUCAACAUCCCAGGUUCUCACCAAGGAGGAGAGGGAGGCCUUGAAGGCGGCUUAUCAGAAGAAGAAAGACGAGGAAAUUAAAGCUGCAGAGGACAGGAAGCGUCAAAUCUAUGAGGCAGAUCUGUCCCGUAAGAAGAACCCGGCGCUGACUGAGCUGGAGAUAGAGGCCCGGGACCGAGCGCAGCGCUUGCUGGAGCGGGCCAAUGCCCUCAGGAUGGAGCAAGAGGAGGAGAUUAAAAAGCUCAACAAGCUGAUUCUGGGUGCUCAGUGCCAAGCCACACGCGAUGCCCAGAUCCAAGAGAAGAAACAGAUCCAGACGGAGUUGACAGAGGAGGAGAAGCGUCUGGAUGCCAUGAUGGAGGUGGAGCGCCGCAGGGCCUUGGAGACUGUGGAGCAGAUUGAUGAGCUGCGCAAACAACAGAGGAUCAGUGGAAUGCAGCAAAUUUACAACCAGAUCCAGCAGCGUCGGGAGGACAGGCAACUGCAAGACGAGAUGAAAGAGCAGGAGAGAUACCAGAUCCGAGAGAAUCAGGAGAAAAUGAACCUGGAGGAUCUCCAGGCUGUGGAGAAGAAGAAGGAGGAGCAACAGCGUCUGCAGCAGGAGAUCAUGCGCAUCAACAAUGAGACCUUGAGGGCUAAGGAGCAGAGGAGAGAGGCGGAGAAGCUGGCUGACAAGAGAGACAUGGAAUACAUCAAAAACAAACUGGAGCGGGAGGCAGAACAUGAAGAGCAGCAGAGGCAAAUCAAGAAGGAGAAGGAGUUGGAGAUUGCCAGGCUGAGGGCCCGGCAGGAGAAAGCUAAAGACUACAAGGCAGACCAGGAUGAGCUCCGUGCUCGGAGGAACCAAGAAAUAGCUGACAGAGAAUGGAGGAGAAAAGAGAAGGAGCUGGCUGCCAAGAAGGCGGAGGAGGAAGCGAUGCUGAAGGCAGCUCGCGUGGAGCAGCUUCGCUGCAAAGAGCACUUCCUGUCCAUCGAAGCUGGUAGAGAGAAGGCAGAGUUUGAGAGAGUGCUGAAGGUGCAAAAGGAGACGAUCGUCAAACUGAAAGAGGAGGAGGAAAAGCUGCGUCAGAAGGCGCUCCACCAUUCCGAGGCCAUCAGGCAGCAGGUGAAGGAACGUGAGCUCCUGGCUGUAGCCAAGCGCAGAGAGUUCUUCAAGGAGGCUGAUCAGCUGAGUGAGGAGGCCCGGCAGAGACGUGUGCGCCUUGAUGAGAUCAAAGAGAAGAAGCUCAAGGAGCUCAAGGCUACAGGGCUCUCUGAAAAAUACUGCAGCGAAGUGGAGAGGAAGGCCCGGGCUCUCUGAUGCCCUCACAACUGGAUUCAACCCUCAUCUGACUCAUAUCCACAUUCACAUCAGCACUUAAUGUAACAUGAAUGUAACAUGAACAUGUAUAAGACUGUACCAAUAUGGUUAUAUUUCACUUAAAUGAUUGUUUUAGAAGCUUUUGAUCAUCACUACGUUCACAUUUUGGUGGUUCAUAAUGUUUUAGGAUGAAUCUUGGUGUGCAUAUUGCAAAAAAACAAAAUAAAGUGACUUGUUGAGACAUUAA